CGACUGCUCACUGAGGAGAAGGACAACGUUGAAGGAGUGAGAAGUCCAAGACGUGGAGCGCUUGUGCACACACACACUCCCGCUGGUCUUUUCUGCCUCUGCAAAGUGCUGUUUCACCCUUGUUUCGUCGUUUGCCGUCUCUGCACCCUCUGGGAGCUUUGGAGAGCACCUGCACUGUGAGGCGCAAAGCUUUCGCUCACAUUUCAGAGGAUUGCACCAUUCAGACGCAUCUCGUUAAGGUCCAGGAUGGUGCUCCCUCUGUGUGAAGCUGGGCGGCAGAUCAUCUUGGCUCUGACACUGCUGCUCUAUUUUGGCUCAGGUGCAGCCUCCUCCAUAGUGAACAUGCGUAGGAUCACCCAUUCGACAGUACAAGAAACGCUGGCAGGCACAGCCGUCCUCCCCUGUGUCUUCACCCUUCAGACCACCUCCUCCAGCCAGCCUCCCCACAUCCUGUGGACUCGCAUCAGGCUGCCAGCAGGAGGAAAGGACGCUCCUCUGGAGCAGAUUGUGCUUUCUGCUAAAGGUGAUGUAAUCAAGGUGAAUAAGGCUUUCAGUGGCCGUGUCAGGCUGCCAGGAUACACUGCCAAUCCCCUGAAUGCUACCAUGGAGAUCUCCAGUCUCCGUACCAACGACUCAGGCACUUACCACUGUCAGGUUGUCAUGGGUAACGACUAUGAGAGAGACACUGUGCCCCUGGUGGUCUCCGGUGUGGUGUUUCACUACCAGGCUCCCAGCGCCCGUUACGCCCUCUCAUUUACAGACGCCCAGCGAGCCUGCCAGGAAAACUCGGCUCAGAUUGCCACACCAGCCCAGCUGUGGGCAGCAUAUUAUGACGGCUUCGCAAGCUGUGCAGCCGGCUGGUUGGAUGAUCAGACUGUGCGCUAUUCUGUCCAGCUGCCAGAGCUUGGUUGCUAUGGAUACAAGGAGUACUCUGCCGGAGUGAGGAAUUAUGGGAAGAGGGACCCAAAAGAGCUGUUUGAUGUGUACUGUUUUGCAAAAGAACUGGAUGGUGAGGUGUUUCACUCCUCGGUCCCUGGCAGGCUGUCACUGUCCUCAGCCUCAGACCGCUGCGUGUCCCUCGGGGGCCAGUUGGCCACUGUGGGGCAGCUUUAUCUGGCCUGGAGGGCCGGCCUGGACAGCUGCGCCCCAGGCUGGCUGUCUGAUGGCAGCGUCCGCUACCCAGUCAGCUGGCCUCGACCAGAUUGUGGAGGGAGCCACCCAGGAGUCCGCACUGUCACACCCAACACCACAACUGACAACAACACAGCAGUCUAUGAUGCGUACUGCUACAGAGGUAAAGUGAAGAAUACAGGCUCCAUCUCUCAGAUCUACAGUUCCCUGUGGAAGCCCUGGAGCUACCUCACAGGCUCGACUCAUGCCGUCUCUGCAGGGACAGACAAUCCCGACCCGACUACACAGCAAACCACUACUGCCAGAGACAUUCAUGCAGGAUCCUCAGAUGGUGGUGAUGCUUUACCAUCCAACUGGACAGGACUGGUUGACCUGGAAGAGGAGGCCUCCCUUCAUAACGCUGAUGCUUCGUCAGACCUCUGGUCCUUAGGGUCCUCAGAGGCUUCAAAUUCAUAUGUGACCCUCCAGCUAAUCCCAGGACAGAGCUCAUUAGACUGGGGAGAGCCAUUGGAGCCUGGCCCUGACUCCGAGGAGUUUCUCCUGCCCCCAGUCCACCCCACUCCUGCUGAGAAGAAGGCGAUCUCAAAAAUCGUCAAGUCCAUGUGGAAGCCUUGGAGCUACCUGGUGGGGACUGAUAAUGAGGAGGGGACCCGGGCGCCAGGUGGACAGGUGGGAGAAGAGGAGACGCCCACGAAAAAGACUGAUGAAGGGUCCAGUACAACAUCACCAGGUUUGUUUUCAUGGGGGAGUUCAUGGUUCAGCAGUCCCUCGAGGGAGAAGGCAACACCAUCCAGUGAAGAAACACCCACUCGUCUGGCAUCUACUUUGGCCGCCUCCAGUAACUCUACGACUGCAGAGAGCACCAAGAGCUGGGAGGCUUCGGAGACACACACAUCCACCGCCUCCAACCCCCCACCUGAAAUAACCUCAUCCAGUGGGGAAACCUGGGUCCGUGUCGAAGUGGAGACCACAACCCAGUCAGGUGACAAGAGGGAGGAGACAGUGACCUCUAGAGCCAGUGGUAGAGGAGGAAGAGGAAGGGGGAAGAAGAACAGAGGGGAGGACAGGGGCAGAGGAGAAGAGAGGGGGAGAGGAGAAGAGAAGGGGAAAGGAGAGGAGGAAGGGAGCGGAGAGAUCACCGGUGCCGAAGCAAAAGGGGAAAUACAAGUCUCACGUCGACCGGUUGGAACCAGUAAACCAAGAGAAAGAUCCCGAGAAAGAUCCAGAGAGAGGGGUCACAGGAAAGGACAGUCCACCACUCCCGCCCCCACGACCACCACUGCCAGCCCUCUUGAGCCCACUGUGAGGUCUUCAACUGGGUCAGAAAGUGUUGACUUUUCUACGUCCAAAUCCCUGUCCGCCUUACCAGCAGAAACCCAAUCCCUGUCCGUCUCACCAGACUCAAACCCAUCCCCAUCCUCAUCUCCAUCCUCUUCACCGUCAACCUCUCCAUCACUGCCUGUCACGGCAUCCAUGUCCCCAUCUCCAUCCUUUUCUCCGUCAUCCCCAUCUCAAUCUCUGUUUGAAUCUCCAUCUCCAUCCCCAUCCCAGUCUGUUCCCUCUUCCUCCUCCCCACCUCCGUCCACUUCCUCACCUCCAUCCCAUUCCCAAACCCCAUCCCUUUCACCUUCACCAUCAUCACCCACUUCCCACUCGCCAUCUCAGACUCAAACUGUCGGAUCGGGGGCUCCGUCUCUUCAUUCAGACAACAAGGUCAGCUCCACUGACCCCCUAACAUCACCCCACUGGGUCCCCGUAGAGAGAGCUGUUGUGAACGGCUCUCUGGAUUCUCCUCCAUUACUGUCGGGGCCCUUGGAUGAGGAGGAGCCUGCUUGGUCUCAUGCUGUGGGCUCGGGAGCUCUGUUACCAGGCAACAUGGAGGAGGAGAGCAGCAGGGGAGGAUUCAACGUCAGUGCCACAACUGUGGACCCAACAGUCGAAGUGGAGCCCUGCGUGACAAACCCGUGUCUGCACGGAGGAAAGUGCCUUCCUCAGGGAACGGGUUACAGCUGCUACUGCCCACAAGGAUACACUGGGGAGAACUGUGAGAUUGAUGUUGAUGACUGCCAGUCGGAGCCGUGCGAAAAUGGAGGCACUUGCAUCGACAAGAUUGAUUCAUUCCUCUGCCUUUGCCUGCCCAGCUACGGAGGAGACACGUGCGAGAAAGACAUAGAAGGUUGUGAUCAUGGCUGGAGGAAGUUCCACGGCCAUUGCUACAGGUACUUCACCCACAGACACACCUGGGAGGAUGCAGAGAAAGACUGCAGAGAGCACAGUGCCCACCUCAGUAGUGUCAUCUCUGCUACUGAGCAGCAGUUUAUUAAUGGUCUGGGUCAUGACAACGCCUGGAUCGGUCUGAAUGACCGCACAGUGGAGGAAGACUUUCAGUGGACUGACAGCAAUGAUCUGGUGUAUGAGAACUGGAGGGAGAGCCAGCCAGAUAACUUCUUUGCAGGCGGUGAGGACUGCGUGGUGACCAUCGCCCAUGAGGAUGGCAAGUGGAACGACGUGCCCUGCAACUACAACCUGCCCUACAUCUGCAAGAAAGGCACAGUGCUGUGUGGGACCCCGCCUGCAGUGGAAAACGCCCAUUUGAUAGGUCGGCGGAGGUCACACUAUGACAUCCAUGCCGUGGUGCGCUACCAGUGCUCCGAAGGCUUCUACCAGCGCCACAUCCCCACCGCACGCUGCCGGGCCGACGGGAGCUGGGAGCGACCCAGGAUCAUCUGCACAAAGUCCCGGCGAUCACACCGGUACCGACGUCAUCACCACAAUCAGCACCACGAGCGCCGCAGCCACAGGAGACACGGAGGAGAGGGACACAAGGCCAGAGAGGACGCGCACAGCUACUACUGAACCAAAUAAUACAACGUCAGCAAUGCCUAGGUGCUAACCAUGGCCCAUAAAGAAAGACAGUAGUUCACAUGAGAAACACUCCCAUUUCCUUUUCUGCUUCUAGCCAUGCUCUCUUUAGCUUUAUUCCUCCUGAUGAAUAAGGUUUUCUCCCUCUAACACACAGUUUAUGUCACUGAGUUUGGGUGUAUUGAUGCUUCUUUUUAUUCUUACCCCGCUUCCUUUAAUUGAGGUCCAUGCGAACACUUAACUUGUAACACUAACUCUUAUUAACAUCCUCCCACCCUAACAUCUCAGUACAGUAAAUCCUCCACCUUUCUAUGAACUGUAACCCUCUCGGUCUGUCAGACUGGCAGCAGUAUGCGAGUGUGUGUGAGCGUAUGCGUGUAAGAGAGAAACUUAGUGAAGUGCUGAGCCACUUUUUUUUGUAAAGGUUUGCUUGUUAAACAUGAAAAAUGACUCUCAUCCUAGUAUUCUGUUUACAAAGCACAGAUGUAAUUGAUGCAAGAUAGCAUUCAGUCCCUGGUAACCCCCGAGCUUUUUGUAUGUGUACUGUAGCUGUUACUUUUUUCCAUAGAGCACCUGAAUAGCUGGUCUGUUUUAUUCUACUGACAUGCUUUUUUCUAAUAUUUGCUAUGUUUUUGUGUAAUGUUACUAUUUAUUAUGAAUCAUUUGCUAGUGAAUAAGCUUUCUUUUUUUUACUUAUACUUCAGAGAGCCAGUGUAACAUCAUUUUCUAUACCAGUCCAACAAUCAAUCAGUAACAAAAUUAAUCAUUUGAUUGCCUCUAAUCUCUGUAUUGUAAAUAUUGUGGUGUUUGUUAUUGGCUGAUCCUUGAUCAAUAGCUGGACUUUGUCCAGUCAAAUAGAUCCCCAUCCCCUUAAGCACUCUCAGCUAAUGAAUAUGUCCCAUUGACAGUCGAGUGAUUGAUAGUGUGGAUGGGAUUAUUCGACUCUUUCUCGAGAUAACCACUUGAUUGUAUCUGAAUCGCUCAAUACUCUCAAUCUUUGCACGGCUAUAUUUACACGAUGGGUAGAAUGUCACAAUUUUUUUGUCGUUGGUCCCUUUGAUAUUUGAUCGAUCAUCCACUUUUUUGGUGUUCUUAUGACUUUUUGUCCUGCUGUUGUAUUCCAUUCUUAAUAAAGAGAAAAAAUGAACAGCA